UUUUUGACUCAGUGUAGUUCAGGCAUCAUAACAAAAUACGCAAACGCGGUAAGCAACAGUUGCUGUUGUUGUUCUCCAAAUAAAAGCCUACGAAAUAUUCAAUAACGAUUUUACGAUAAUUCUGCAUAGGAAUAUGGACGCACACCCGGACAUGUUCGCAAACGAAGCAUACGACUAUGCAUAUCUUGACCUACCCCACGAAGAUUUCUCCGCAUACUGCCGGCUGUGCUUUUCCAUCUCGCAGCUGGAGCCCCUCAUCAUGAGCGGCCAGGCCAGGGAAAAUAACCAGAUAAUCAGUGUGAUUGAAACGUGCGUCGGAAUCAAGCUGAGCCCGGAAACGGACAGCCCAACGUCGAUCUGCCGGCAGUGCCGGUAUAUGUUGGACGAGUUCAUUUCCUUCCGGAUGCAGUGCCAACGACUGAAUCGGGUUUUUCGGCGGAAACAGAACGAAAGGGUUGGUGAAGUCGGAACGACGGACUCGGUUUACCAAGGGAAUGAGAUUAUUGUGGCUGACGCUGAAUCGUAUGUCGAGCCGGAAGUGGCACCGGCAAUGAUGUCCAAUGAAGCGACUCCGAUCGAAUUGCUAGAUGGAAUGUGUGCCACAUUAGUUACCCAUGAACCGUCCGCCUUUGAGGCUUCGGUGGCUGGCGGGAAUGAAACCGGUCCGGAACACUUCACCGUGCAUGAUAUAACCGAUGAAGACGACGAUGGUUUCGAAUGGAUUCGCGUUCCUGAUGACGUCGAGAUGGGUGAGGGUAAGGAUGAUAAUGACACAUUUACCGCUCUGGCCAACGAUUGGUUCCGCUGCAAGUUGUGUUCCGGCAUGUACCUAUCAUUUGUCCAGCUGGCGAAGCAUCUUCGGGAAAUUCAUCCGGAGGCGGCCAUUGCCCUGCGAAACGUGGUGAACGACUCAUACUUCCAUGUCAAGGGCAGUGAGCUGCAAACCUACAAGCACGAUGGUCAUAAUUUGGUCAAAUGCGAUCUCUGUGAUACCCUAUUGUGCAGUAGAGCUGCCAUUAGGCGACACCGUUGGAGAUAUCACGGCUUGUUCGACGAAAACCCGGUGAUCCGUUGUAGAGCGGCGGCAUGUGGCUGCUUCUUCAUGGAGAGGAAAGCACUGAACCGACAUCGGGAGGUUAUCCACGGACACCAAAGGAAGAGGACUGUGAGAAAGCCGAUGCAGCAACCACAGGUGGCAGGCGCAACCGGCGAUGGUACCGCGACAAAUUUCGAUAACGAAGGGGGCGACUACGAUGACGAUGACGAUGAUGUCGUGUUCAUUUCCGAUGAUAGCGCUCCUCAGGAUAGUCCGGCGAUGACGACGGAUGCGAUAUGCAUUGAUCAGUGACUUACAAUUGAUUAAUAAUAUUAAUACGUAUUAAUGAAAGAUAAGCUGGAAAUGCACGCGUUCAUGAUUUGCGAGAGAA